CUCCCUUCUCAGGCUGUCGCAAUGGACUCUCCCAGCGCUCGGUGCGUGUGGCGGAGGCUGCAGCGCUGACGCCGGGCUGGUACCCGCGGGCUGCUCCUGCUGGAUCCCCACGAGCAUCCUUCCUCCUCGGAGCAUCCUUCCUCCUCGCAGCCGGUGCUGGAGCAGACCACGCGCUGACACAGGUGUGGGCCACACGGAUGGGUAGCGCUGCUGCCCGGCCUCCCGCAUCCAACCGCGGCCCCCGGGCGUGAGGGCUCAGUCCCGACUCAGAGACCCCCCCCUCCCCCUCAAAAGCCCCACGCCGCCGUCCCAUCCCAACGUCACCAUGGACGAGAGCUUCCGAGACCGGACGGCGUUCAUCCGCGGCGCCAAAGACAUCGCCAAGGAGGUGAAGAAACACGCGGCCAAGAAGGUGAGCAAAGGCAUGGACCGCGUGCAGGACGAGUACACCAAGCGCUCCUACAGCCGCUUCGAGGAGGAGGACGACGACGAGGACUACGCGCCGCAGGACGGCUACUACCGGGGGGGGAGGGGGGCGGCCGAGGAGGAGGGGGCUUCCAGCGAUGCCACCGAAGGACACGACGAGGAGGAUGAGAUCUACGAGGGCGAGUACCAGGGCAUCCCGAGGCAGGACUCGCUGAAGGGCGGCGAGAGGCUGGGGGGCGAGGUGACCCCCGGGGCCUUCGAUGACAGCGAGGGGCAGCGGCGCAAGGACAAGGAGGAGCUGGCGCAGCAGUACGAGCUCAUCCUGCAGGAGUGCGGCCACGGGCGCUUCCAGUGGAGCCUCUACUUCGUGCUGGGACUGGCGCUGAUGGCCGACGGCGUGGAGGUGUUUGUGGUGGGCUUCGUGCUGCCCAGCGCUGAGAAGGACAUGUGCCUCUCCGACUCCAACAAGGGCAUGCUGGGGCUCAUCGUGUACCUGGGCAUGAUGGUGGGCGCGUUCCUGUGGGGCGGGCUGGCCGACCGCCUGGGCCGAAGGCAGUGCCUCCUCAUCUCCCUCUCCGUCAACAGCGUCUUCGCCUUCUUCUCCUCCUUCGUCCAGGGCUACGGCACCUUCCUCUUCUGCAGGCUGCUCUCGGGCAUGGGCAUCGGCGGCUCCAUCCCCAUCGUCUUCUCCUACUUCUCCGAGUUCCUGGCACAGGAGAAACGCGGCGAGCACCUGAGCUGGCUCUGCAUGUUCUGGAUGAUCGGCGGCAUCUACGCCUCGGCCAUGGCCUGGGCCAUCAUCCCGCACUACGGCUGGAGCUUCCAGAUGGGCUCUGCGUACCAGUUCCACAGCUGGAGGGUCUUUGUCCUGGUGUGCGCCUUCCCCUCCGUCUUCGCCAUCGGGGCGCUGACCACCAUGCCUGAGAGCCCCCGCUUCUACCUGGAGAACGGCAAGCACGACGAGGCCUGGAUGGUGCUGAAGCAGGUCCACGACACCAACAUGCGGGCCAAGGGCCACCCUGAGAGGGUCUUCUCGGUCACCCACAUCAAGACCAUCAAGAGGGAGGACGAGCUGAUUGAGAUCCAGGCGGACACGGGCGCGUGGCACCGCCGCUGGUUGGUGCGCUGCCUCAGCCUCUCGCAGCAGGUUUGGAGCAACUUCCAGCAGUGCUUCGCGCCCGAGUACCGCCGCAUCACACUGAUGAUGAUGGCUGUGUGGUUCACCAUGAGCUUCAGUUACUACGGGCUGACGGUGUGGUUCCCAGACAUGAUCAAGCACCUGCAGAACAUCGAGUACGCGUCACGCACCAAGCUCUUCACCCGCGAGAAGGUCCGGCACUUCACCUUCAACUUCACCCUGGAGAACCAGAUCCACCAGGGCGGGGAGUACUUCAAUGACAAGUUCAUUGGGCUGAAGAUGAAGUCGGUGACGUUCGAGGACUCGCUGUUUGAGGACUGCUACUUCGAGGACAUCACCUCCAGCCCUGAGCAGCAGAGCUUUCCGUGGGGAAUUCCUUGACCGUUCCUCCCAUGUGCUCCGCAGUGCCGCCAGCUCCCCGCGGUGUUGGGAAUCAUCUGGGUUGGAUGAGGCUGAAAAUCAUCCAUUCCAACCCCAACCCAUCACCACCGUGCCCGUGUGUUGAGUCACUGAGGUUGGAGGAGACCUGCGGGGCCGCCAAGCGCAGCCAACCCAUCUCUGUGCCCGCUCGUGAGAUCACAGCACCUCUGAGGACGAUCUUAGAGUCUCCUCCAAACCUGAACGAUUCUGGAGACCCUCGGAGCCCCGGUGGCCAUGGCACGGGGUCAGACUGGAUGAGCUUGGAGGUCUUUUCCAACAAAUCCAACCAUCCACCUACUGCCAGUAUCGCCGACUGCGCCGUGCAGGGUCCGACCGGAAGGUUCCGUCCCAUGGGAAGGAGCAUCGGUGCGGUCGGUGCCCUCGGAGCCACCGGGGCAUGAAAUCGUUUGGGUUUGAAGGGACCCUUGGAGGUCACCUCGUCCAACUCAGAGUUGGAUGUGGGCUGUGCGUCGGCACCCAGCCCGUGCUCGGGGUGAGUUGGGGCCAGUUUGCUCCCUUCGCUGUUCGGUGUUGGAUUUAUGGCGUGUGGGUUUGGGAUUUGUGGCAUUGGGGUCGCGUUGUGGGGAAGGACCUCUGAACGUCUCGGUGUGCAUCUUUGGGGCUGUGUUCCGCCGCUCUGUGCUCUGUGUAUCGCCGCACCCGUGCCUGCUGUCAUCCCAUGGUUCGGGGGGAGCACACCGGUGUCAUCCCAUAGUGCUGGGGAGCACACUGAUGUCAUCCCAUGCUUCAGGGGGCUCCCACCAACCUCUGGCCCCGCUCCGUUGCGUCGUGGUGCUGCGGGCGCUGUCCCCCAUUUCAGUUGGUUCCCCCUUCCCCCCCCCGCGGGUCCCAAAGCUUUCCCCAACCACCGCCAUCGCUGUGGGGGGACGGGGGGCCGCUCCCAGCACUCAGCAAAGCCAUGCAGUAGGGUUAGGGCAGGAAGCGAAGGCGCUUCUCCUUCGGUUUCUGCAGAUAGCACUGUGAAUUGGACACCCCUCGCUGCGCC